UAUGUCCUGAGGCUUCCUAUAAAGACAUGUCUUAGACCCCAGAAGGCAGCAGCAGCUGCGUGUCCUCAAGUCCCAGCCUUCCUUGGCUACAACUUGAAUUCACUCACCCUCUGCUGCCCAGUGACAUGGAGGUCCCCGCGGCUGGCCUCACCAUCCUGAUCCUCAUGGAGACCCUUCUCUCCCAGACCUGCUGGGCCUCACUGGGUGCUAACACCCCGACUGCCUGCUGCUUCUUCUUUAUCACCCGGAAGAUCCCGCGCAAAUUUGUGGUGGACUAUUAUGAGACGAGCAGCCAGUGCCCCAAGGCGGCUGUCAUCUUCCAAACCAAGAGAGGCCGGGAGGUCUGUGCUGACCUCAGAGAUCCCUGGGUCCAGGAAUAUAUCUCUGACCUGGAGCUGAACUCCUGAGUGGCUGCCUGGAGGCAGCUAAGAGACCUCACACCCUGCAGUUCCAGAGGCCGUCUCUUCUAUGGGUCCUACUCCAACCCCAACUACACUUUGGGACCCCCUUAGCAUUCAGUUUAGUUUAUGUAUCUCAUUUCAUUUUUGUUCUGUUCCCAUUUUUAAAAUUGAUAUGCAAUGAAUAUUGCCUGUGACUGCUCAUGAUAUUUCUGUCCUUGCUCCUUUGUCUGCAACUCUUUUCAGAAUCCAUAUGUGAAUCAAAGAGUGUGAUUAGUGAUCUCCAAAAAAAUUGUACCAUGCAUCACACAACAAAUGCUUCUUGAAUGGUCUUGUGCAGCUCGGCUUUUAAGAUGGGAAAGGCCACUUAUAUAAAGGAUAAACCAGCAUUGUCCUUGCUUUGAGUCUAUUGAUUUUUGUUUUCCAUACUAAGAAUUUACAGUUGAGAGGAAUAUUGGAAAGAGGGUAGAGAAAACAGUAAAAAAAAAAAAAAAGGCAAAAACUACAAAAGUGGAAAACUACUGCAGUCAUACCAGGAGUUUCCCUGGAGACCUUUCCCUGGGAUGUUGAAAAUGACACCAAGCAUUUUACAACCAGAUCAUAAUAGAUAUGGUCUGAAAAUUUUUGUACUUAAAUAAAUAUCAAGAUGAUGCAGGUUUAUGCAUAUAAGUUGCAUUUUGUAAAGCUUUCCUAAAAUGAUGGCUAACAUUUGUUGAGAGCUUCAUAAAAUGCUGAGUUCUAUGUUAAGUGCUUGCUUACGUUAGCAAGAAUGUAGCAAACCCUGCCAGUGAACUGGCGAAGAGGUACAGUCCGGCGGUCAGCUGAGAACCUUGGUCAGCUUCUGUUGUUCACACCUCCGCUUUUGAGGGGAAGUUUAUUCACAUCCAUCUCUGGGGUGAGGCUUGGAGGUUCCGGUGACCAGAGUUAGCAAACAAAAAUAUAGCAUGGAAGGCAGAUGUGGUGAUGCAUGUCUGUAAUCCCAGCUAUUCAGGAGGCUGAGGUAGGAGGACCACAAGUUUGA